AUGGGGCUUUUAGAGGUGUAUUCCGUGCAAUUGGACGAGGCAUACAGGCAUGCUUUUGUCUUCAUUCGGCAGUUAGCCAUUUCUCUUCGUAAAGCUUUUCUUCACGCUGAAAAGGAGGAAACUCGUUCGGUUUACAACUGGCAAUUCAUUUGCAGUUUGAAAUUUUGGUGUGAAUUCGUGGCUCGCAAUGCUGUCUUCAACGAUCGUAUAAAUUCACUCAUUCAUCCCAUAACACAAGUCAUUCUUGGUGCGGUGAGUCCAGGUAGUCGGUGGAUUCCUUUGCGUUUUCACCUCGUGGAAUGUCUCCAUUUGGUUGGUGGUGUUGAAAAAAAAUUGCGCAAUUUUGAGGAAAGUAGUGGUGAAAAGGACAAGGCUUCCGCUCCUCUACUAGUUCCAAGUCUCCCUCUGCUCCUCGACGUCUUUCAGCUAUUCGAUUUCAAUAAACGUGCCAGCGCUGCUUCAAACGCUCCCAUGGACCUGCGUCUCAUGUUGCACUUUUCUCCAUCUCAGCGCAAGGAGACGGCCUGUAUGGACGCUGUGGCGAUUUGGCUUCACGAUCUCCUUACUGAGGCCCUUUGUCUCUAUGCUAACUCUGUCGCAUUUCCUGAGUAUUCUGCCGCUGCCCUAUCUGAGUUGCAAGCUUUUCUGAAAUCCUGUCGAGUAGCAAAUUUCACGCGCAAUUUCAAGGCACUUCAAAUGAAGGCUAAGGAGCACGUGGAUUUUGUGAAAAGAAAACGUGCUACCAUUAAAAGCCUUUUGGAUUCACAGGCGAUCGCCGCCUUGGAAUCUGCACUUUUGCAGCCGGAGGCACCUCUUCUUGCGUACUACUUGAUGCAUCGCAAGAUUCGCGUCCGCGAACUCGCCAUUCUCUCGGAACGUUUUAAAUUUGAGGGUGAGGAGUGCAUGAAGGAGGAGGAUAAUUUGGCUCGGGAGAAAGGAGAAACUGUGAAGUCUAAGGACAUGAAGUUGAAGGAGCAACGUUCGCACACCCUUGAUGAGGAGGCCUCUGAUUACUCGGACGUGGAAAGCGAUUCCUCCUACGACAUUGAUGAUGGCACUCAUGUAACCCACGUGUCACGUUCAGACCGAAAGAAGGGAAAGAAAGUAGAAGAGCGGAGGAAGGAAAGUGGUCUAGAUUCAGAUGAUGCCGACUUUGAUUUGAAUGCUCUGUUAAAUGGGGACGAGGAUGAUGAUGAUGACGCCAUUGCGAGUUGCAAUAAGGAUGAGUUAAAGGAAUUCCGGAUCGAUGAUUUUGGAGACAGUGAAGAAGACAGCGAGGAAUACGUUAGGCGACGUCAACGAAUUAUGAGGGAGGACCCAGAUCUCGGAGCAUUAGCUAAGGAGGAGAGUGAGGUAGAGCUCGGGGAUGAGGCAGAAGCAAUGGAUAUCGACAUGGAUUCUUUGAGCUCUGGAGAUGAGAGCGAAGCCCAACCUCCACCUCCGAAGGUGCGUAACUUGCACGUGGGCAAUCAGAAGGCAAAAAAGUUUUCUUCGGGCAUCAAUGGUGGUAAAAUGAAGAAGCGGCUAAACGCUAAUGGACGAAUUAACUCCAUGAAAAAAGAGAAGGAGAAUAACUGGAAAAGCAGAAAGAAUAAGAAGAGGAGGAAGGAGAUUCGGAAGGCGUCUCGUUGA